AUGAGAAACUACAAGAACAUCGUCAUCCCUAAGGGCGCUGUGAUACAGAUACCUCUUUAUGCUCUUCAUCGUGAACCAGACCCAUUCCCGGACCCUGAAGAAUGGAAACCUGAACGAUUUCUGAAAGGGAACGAAACGCACGAUCCCUAUGCAUAUCUUCCCUUCGGUAGCGGUCCACGGAUAUGCAUUGGACAGAGGCUCUCGCUGGAGAUCGUACAUUACGCCAUGCUACACAUUUUGAGGGAGAUGGAGAUAGUGAAAACGCCGGAGACCCCAGAGAAGCCGGGGAAAGACAGAGAAAUGAGCCUCCGGCUGCCAUGGGGUCAAAAGGUAGAUGCAGUUGCUGGCCCACUACCUAUUGUAGGAGGAAGGCCACCAGCUCAAGGAGAGCUCGUCGCAUUCCAACAGCUCAGGGUGGAGCAUGGCUUUAUGGAGGAAUGCAUCCACAGGAAAUCCAUAAAAUCGGGCAAACAACCGGUCUGGUUUACGGAUAAAAUCAAAGCUCUCAUCAGGGAUAAAAAGAGGAAAUGGGAUGCGUACAAGCGGACUGGAGAUAAAACGGACUCUGAGGAAUAUAAGGAGGAUCACACGGAAGUUGAAGCGGGAAAUUAG